AUGGAGGUGAAGAACAGAGGUGAAGUCGAUGGAGGCUUCAAUAAUCCAGGUGAACUCAAAAUCUUUGAAGAUGCUGGCCCUCCACGAUUUCCUUAUGUCGAAGCAGUUGAUGAGGUUCCAGAUGAAUAUUUUGAUGAUAUUUUUAAUCAAGCUUCACAAAUUUCCUUUGAAGGUGGACAAGAAGUGGGUAAUGACAACAUGGGAACAAUAGAAGUGCCUGUGUAUGGACAUAAUAUUGACAAUGAAGAUAGGAUAAAGGUACCUGUCAAUGUUGAUGAUGAAAAGGAUAGUGAAGAAGACUGUGACGUUGAUGGUAGGAGGAGAGUAAGAGAUCUUCAAGACAGUGGUGAUGAAUCAGAUAAAGAAAUAUAUGAAAGUGAUAAUGAUGCUGCCAUUGAUGACAACAACCUGUUUGAUAGAAAUAUGCAAUCCAGUUUUGGGAGAGUAGGAAAUACCUAUCUACCUAAGGAUUUUGUGGCUUUUGAUCAUGAAGAAGACUCGGAUACAAACUCAGAAAAAGCUUUCAACUCACCUAACCACUCUUCAGAUGAGGAUGGUGAAAUGAAGAGGAAGUAUCCAGAGUUCUGUAAGUCUGAUUUGAAUAAUCCCAAGCUUGAGAAAGGAAUGUUAUUUGGAAGCAAGGAGAUCUUGAAGACAGCUGUUAAGAAUUAUGCAGUGAUGGGAAAUUAUUCAAUAAAAUUUGUCAAAAAUGAUAAGAGGAGGAUCACUGCAAGAUGUACAAACUGCACUUGGAUGCUUCAUGCUUCAUAUAUGCAACUAGAGGAAACGUUGCAGAUCAAGACCUUUAUUGAUAAACACAUUUGCGUCCGAAAUCCUACUAACCCACAUGUCAAUUGUGUAUACAUAGCUCAAAAGUAUAUAGAUCGUAUCAUGGAUGAGCCUGAUAUUACGAUUAAAAAUCUUAAGAAGGCAGUGAAGAGGGACUUAGGAUAUAAUGUUUCAGAUAGCCAAUGUUCUAGAGCUAAGAGGAAAGCCAAAAAAUAA